UAGUCGCUCUGAGCAGCCACACACCACCAGCAACCAGCCACCAGCUGCAGCAGUUACACACUCAGCACUCAGGCGAAGACGAGGGAAUUGCGACAAAAGAGAGGCCCUUUGAGCGGACAUUUCCUCUUUAAGGAGGCCACAUAGAGGACCCUCGCACAGAACGGCACCUACAAACUCACACAGACAGAACCAUGCUGGAAUACUACCAGACAUUAGGAGUGCCGAAAAAUGCAACGCAAGACGACAUCAAAAAAGCCUACAGAAAAUUGGCAUUGAAGUGGCAUCCAGACAAGAACCCAGACAACAAGGAGGAAGCAGAAAAAAGGUUCAAAGAGCUGUCAGAGGCGUAUGAAGUGCUCUCAGAUGAAAACAAGAGGCACACUUAUGACAGAUAUGGCAAAGACGGCCUUUCAGGAGGGGGAGGAGGAGGAGGAGGAGGAGGCCAUUAUGAUCACUUCACAUUCCGUAAUCCCGAGGACGUUUUCAGGGAAUUCUUUGGCGGCAGAGAUCCAUUUGCAGAUUUUUUUGCUGAUGACCCUUUUGAAGAUUUCUUCGGGGGCAGUCGCAGUCGCCAAAGGGGCGCAAGCCGAAGCAGAAUGGGGGGAUCGCUCUUCGGGUUUGGGAGCUUCCCGGCAUUUGGACACGGCCUCACAGGGUUCGAUUCAGGUUUUAGCUCAUUUGGAGACAUGGGUGGAGGGUUCACUUCCUUCUCCUCUUCAUCUUUUGGUGGAGGAGGAGGAGGAGGCGGAGGCGGAGGCGGGGGAGGAGGAAUGGGUAACUUCAGAUCUGUGUCGACCUCCACCAAGUUCAUCAACGGCAGAAAAAUUACUACAAAACGGAUCGUGGAGAACGGACAGGAGCGCGUGGAAGUGGAGGAGGACGGUCAGUUAAAAUCCCUAACAGUUAAUGACAUCGCAGCCGAAGACCCCUUGGAGGAUGAGUUCUGCCGCCACAGACAGGCCGCACUUCCUGGCCUCAGCCAUCACCAGCGCUACCUGAGGAACUCCGCCCAAAACCCCUCGGAGGAAGAGGAGGAGCACGGCCUACAGAGCCUAACAAGAGGACACAUGAACACAAAGAGGAAGAAACUGUGGCCAAAGGAGGCAGAGUCCAAAAAGAAGAGAGCUCCUCGACUCUUCCCUCGGUUUGGAGGAUUUGGUACCUUUUUUUAAACACCCCCAACCAAACACACACCCACACAUUUAUACAUAUAUAGGCCUAUAUAUAUAUAUUUGUUGGCAGAAGUGCCAUCAAUCAUACAUGGCAUUGGUUCAUAGUUGCAAUUUAUCGGAGACACAUCAGCACUGCUGUGCCGAAUCUCCUCUUGUUUAUCAGCAGCAGUGCAGCGCAUAACUCUUGCCUCAGCCAGACAGUAGCCUGCAGAGACUUCACUUCAAUGUUUUGUUUUGUCCAAGAUACAUUUUUAUUAUUAGUUAAGCUUUUGCUAUUGCUGUAUUUAUUGUGGGUGGGCCCUGUGGAUGUACAGUGAGCUUUCUGAACUUUAAUUAAUCUCUGAUGAUUGGACUUCUCCACUUUUUACACCACACACAUUUUCAGAAAGUGUUUUCAAAGAGUUCAGGGGGAAGGAGAAUUACAGUAGCAGCCUUGUUUGUGAUAAGCGUGAAAAUUACUGCAGUAAUACUGUGUUGCAUGUGAGAAUAAGUGAAGGUCAAGCUAUUCAGUGAAUCCUUUUUUUCAACAGAGACGAGGAGAGAGAGGGACAUCUGGGGAAUGUGAGAGUAAAGAGAACUAAAAGCAUUUAAGAGUGAGUUUUAUUACGGCAGAAAAAUUGUUCUGUUCAAUCCUCAAUCACACAUGAAAAUUGACUGUUGCACUCUGGCAGCAACAUUAUCCACUCUUUACAGAGAGAAAACAGCUACAAAACCCUCUUGAAGUUGUUAAUUUUUUUUGGUAGGAUUCUCCGUACAGAGUGGAUUCAGCAAUAUGUUAACCUUCCAUGGGUGCUUUUGUAAAAGAUUUCUAAAACAAAAUACAAUAUCUGCCAUCUGAUUUGUCCUUGGCUGGUUUUUAAGUAAGUGGAAAUGUAGAAAUGUCUGAAAAUGGACUCCUACAAAUAAAUGGUUAAAGAAAAA